AUGGCUUCCUCUUCUUCUUCUUAUGCUGCUAUGAUCCAUCCCCAAGAGAAGAAGUACCGUGUUUUUGUUAGUUACAGGGGAGUGGACACCCAUGAUAGCUUUACCAGCCAUCUAUAUAUUGCUUUACGUCGGAAGAAUAUCCAUACUUUCAUAGAUGACAGAGUCGCAAGAGGUGAUGAAAUUUCUCCAGCUCUUCUGAAAGCAAUCAAGGAAUCAAAGCUUUCAAUUGUGAUGCCUGUUUUUUACAGAGUAGAUCCCUCACGUGUACGGAAACAGAAGGGAAAUUAUGCAGCUACAUUUACUAAGCUCAAGGAACGUUUCUAG